AUGAACAAAAAAUGGUUGGAAAUUGGUACAGGUAGCAGAAAUUGGGGUCUGGUGGAACAAAAUUUGGGACCUUUAUGUGAUGCUGUGAAUUCUGCCUUAUCCGUUUUCUUUUCGCAGGUCUGCUGCGACAUGCUCCUUUAUGAUGGGUCUUGGUGUGUAUUUGUUUUCAUAACAACAAAUUGGACAUGUUCUGUGAGUUAUAGAAAAUUGGAAGAAGAUGAUGGUGGCUUAUUCUAUUGCAUUACGGCCGGGACCUAUGUACAGAAUCAUGAGUCUUACUUCCUACCCUUUUGGCAAUGUAUAAAGUGCUUCAUAGCCUUUCCCUUUCUUGUAAUUGAUUUCUUGUAA